AUGCCAGACCAGAAGAAAUACACCGACCCGGAGCUCCGCGAGGAAAUCAAAGAAGAGAUCAAACAGGGCGACAAGGGCGGGAAGCCAGGCCAAUGGUCCGCGCGCAAGGCCCAAUUCCUUGCCUCCGAGUACAAGCACCGCGGCGGAGACUACACGACGCCCAAGGAAAGCGGACAAGACGAGUCGCAGAAGUCACUGGAGAAAUGGGGCUCGGAGGAGUGGCAGACGAAGGAAGGGUCUGGGACGGCGAAGCAGCAGGACGGGACGCGGAAGCGGUAUCUGCCGAAGAAGGCGUGGGAGGAGCUAGAUGAGGGGGAGAAGCAGGCGACAGAGGAGAAGAAGCUGGAGGGGUCGCGGAGGGGGGAGCAGUUUGUGGGGAAUACGGCGGGGGCGAAGAGGAAGAGGGGGGAGGUGAGUAGGAAGGGAGAAGGGGAGGAAGACAAGAAGGGGGAUGAAGACGAGGGAGACAAGGGCAAGGAAGAUGAGGGCAAAGAGGACAAAGAGGACAGAAUGGAUCAAGAUACAGAAGGAGACAAGAAGGGUGAAGGUGACAGCGAGGAAGCCGAGGAUGGCGAGGAGUAUCGAGAAGAUGGCGAGGCAGAGAUUCCAAGUGGUGGUGAAGGUGAAAAUGAAGACGGAGAAGGGGAAGAGGAAGAGGAAGAAGAAGGAGGAGGAGGAGACACUCCGGACAAGACCGAGAAUAAGCCAGAUCCAGGGCCAGAGCAGAAGCGCCAGAAGACCAACAAGAAGUAG